AUGUCCUUUAGAUCGGGACGUACACAUCCUCGGCCGUUACUUAGAAAGCAAUGCACUUGCCGGCAUCAUGUCUCAAAGCGGGCUUGUCGCAAUGUGGAAUUGCACACCACUCCUUCCCGAUGUCCUGCUGUCAAGAUUGCUAUCUGCACUUGGCCUGCGCUUCUCAUAGAGCUGAUCCCAGUUUCUUCUGGCUUGCCUGGAUUCGUGCCAUCGGUAAAUGCGAGUUCACACGAGGUUGUCCGAAAGCGCUCACAAAACGCUCGUGUGCGUAUACUUUAUACACCUGAGACGCAGCCAACAAAGUGCUAUUGGCAGAUGUGGCACGUCCGGCAUAGCGUCAUCGAUGGACUUCUCGAUCAUGUAGAUUCAUGUCUGGCUAUCGGUAAUGAAUUUCAACACGGGAGGGAGCCCUUUGUGUUCGAAGAAGCCAAUGAUGAUUUCCACUUGCGCUUUUCAUCCUUCCCUUCCAUAGACACUGGAUCCACAGAUCACCGUAUACUCGAUUUCAUCCUCAAAAAUUCCCUAUCAAACCCGAAAGUUAAACAUGUAGUCGCACCUUCAGAGCCCCUCAAUUCUCACCCGCAGCCUUCUUCCGUGCCAUAG